UUGGCCGCCAUGCGGGCACCGGUCAGAGGAGUGUGUGCAGCCUUGUCCUGAGCCAGCCUCCCUGCACAUUCCUUACACUUCCUGGGAGAGGAGGAGGCUCCGAGUGACUGAGGCCCGGGACACUGCUCCCACUCCGGCCGGGACGGGCCUGUGAUCCUGUGUCUGCUCAUGGCUCUGAUCCCACUGCAGUCUAGAACUGUGUUCUGGAUCUAGGAGUGUCUAGAACCGCAGACAUUUCAGGAGCUGUUGUUGGUAUUCAUGGCGCAGACCGGACCUGUGGGGGAUACUGCGGCCAUCAUGUGCAGGUCUCGCUGUCCACAAUGCCAGGAGUUGUUCUCGGACCCCCGAGUCCUGCCCUGUCUACACACUCUGUGUAUGAGCUGCCUCCAGAGCCUGGAGCCCUUCAGCAUGCUGGAAAGAGGGCAGAAGCCGGCGACCCAGCAAAGCGUCCUUUGCCCAGUGUGCGACUCCGAAGUAUCGCUACCGCCCGGAGGAAUCCGAGAUUUAAUACCGGACCUACUGGCACAAACAGAAGUGCUGCUUGAGCGUCUGCGGCGCGGUGGGGAUGAGAUGCCAUGUGAUCUGUGCGGAGACGGAAAGGGAGAGAGGCGAUGCCUGGACUGCAGGGUGACCAUGUGCGAGUUCUGCUGCCUGGCACACAGACGACAGAAGCGAACGGCCGGUCACUCCCUGCUGCCCCUGCAGGACCUUCCUCCAGGCUCCUCUCUGUCUCCAGCUCCAGUCUGCACCCUCCAUCCUCUAGAGGAGCUGUGCCUGUUCUGCGAGUCCUGUGCUCUUCCGUCCUGUCGGGACUGUGCUCUGGUCAAGCACUUGGGACAUGAGAUCCGUCCGGUCGUGGACGUUGCAGGGAGGCAUCGAGCUCAGUUGCAUGGUGCUUUAGUAAAGUCUGGACCUCAGCUGGAGGCCCUGGAAAAUGCACUUCGUACCGUGCAGGAAGUAGGAGAAGAUUUAAAGAGUAGUGCGAACCUUCUGCGGAAGGAGGUGGAGGCUUUCACGGAGGGCUAUAUACGCGCAAUUCAGGAUCACAAAGUGAGGCUCCUCCAAGACAUAGAGGAGGAAGUACGCCGGAAAGACCAAGCCUUGAGCCUACAAAGAGCUCGGAUACAUCAGCAGCUGGCGGACGUUCGAACUGCCACCACAUUCACUCGAGACCUGCUAGACCAUGGACCCGACCUUCAUAUUGUCCGAGCCAAGGCCUUGGUAAUUGGUCGCUUGAAUGAACUAAACCAAGGAGACCAUAGCCAUAUGGAACAAACAGAGGCCGACAGGAUUAUCUUCAAUGCCACCGAGAAAGCAGCACUAUGCCAAGGCUAUCAGAUGUAUGGCAUGGUGCAAAGAGGUGGUGUGGAUCCCGAGAGGUGCCAGGUCAGAGGACAAGGUCUCCAGACUGUGCAGCAGGGAAAUCUCUCCAGCUUUACCCUCACCUGUAACACUAACUCUGGAGAUCAGCUGGAACAUAAAGGGGCACCACCUAGGGUCAUCAUUCUGCAUACGGAAUCGGGCAGAUCUGUGCCAGUCUCCAUCCAGGAUAACCAAGAUGGCACAUACCACAUAUCCUACACCCCAACUGAGGCGGGUCAGGUUUCCAUAAGUGUGUGUAUGAAAGGACGCCACAUCAGGGGCUCCCCUUUUACCGUGAACGUGAGGGGGACAUCGCGCCAGCAUAGUGGGAUCUAUCACUGCUGCACAUUCUGCUCCAGUGGUGGCCAGAAGGAUGCCCGCUGUGGAUGUGGUGGUUCAAUGCCAGGUGGUUUUCAGGGUUGUGGUCAUGGGCACAAAGGUCAUCCCGGCCAGUCCCACUGGUCAUGUUGUGGAUCCACCUCUGAGACAUCCGAGUGCACCGGUGUGAAGGACUCGGCCCCCCGCAAUCUGCUGCGCACUGUAGCUUUAUGAUGAUUGGAGAUGUUGAAGGACUCGGCACCUGCAAUCUGCUCCGGACCGUCAUUUCAUGAUGGUAGGAGACUUUUCUGGGGUACUAGUCAGAUUCGGUUGCAACCCAGGACUACACUUUACGGUCAAAGUGGUGGCAAUAGGACGACAAUUCACAUC